GAAAUUGGUUCAUAAAAUUCAAAAUAUUCGGCAAAAUAUUGCAGUUUAAUAAUGUUGAGUUCAAGCAUUUUUAAUUUACAGUCCGAUAUCAGUACAAUUGCUACGGCAGCAAUUUCAAUACUCGCAUCGGCAUCCAGUUUCCUAACGUUUUUGAUGGCAAAUAAAAACAAUAAACAUUCGAUCCAAAUGCUCGCUGAUUGUUUGGACCGAUUGCAUUGAAUCGAACAUUCACUUCACCGUGUAGCAGCACAUUCGUCACAACAUUUGUCGAUUCAUCGAGUCAAAUGUUUGAGUCCAACAUUCGAGUGAAACGUUGGACGAAUCGUGUAGCGCCCGCAUAACAAGCCAUAUGGGGGAAAUAAUAAUCGCAAAUUUUUCCAUUAGCCACCCAAAGUUUGCUCAAUACAAUCCUGUUCAAGGCUUUAGGUCAUUACGUCGUUGUUUACAGGAAGUUUAUUAUUUGUUUGUGAAAAACAAUCGUACGCAUAUCAGUUCUGACAACAACUUCUGGAGCGAACGGAGAAAGGGUAGCAUAAAUAAUUCCCCUCAUUUCAUUCGUCCAAAUGUGGGUGAAAAGCGAAGACAUGAGAACAUCCCACCUCAUGAUACCCCAAUCGAAUUUUUGUUGCAUCAUUACUUUGCCCAAAUUGGCGUUCUCCAGUCAAUCAACAAUGUGCUGAAGGAGCGCCAUGAAAUCGAAUCCAAUUACAAAAAUCUUGCCCUCAAGUUUCGAGACAUGCAGGAAGAGGAAGCAUUCCGGCGGGCGAAGGUUUCUAAGUUUGACGAAGCGCGCAAAAAGCAACUGGCGGAACUGCAAGCGAAGGGAGAGGCCCUCUGUCGAGAGAAGGCCAAACUGCAGCAUCAGAUCGAGCAUGUCACCUGGCACCUGGAGGGGUGUCGAAGGCGGAGACCGUGUCUGGCGCGAUUACCGGAAAACUGCCCGCUCAAGGGAGACGAGCCCAGCUGUUUGUCGCAUUCGCCGGAGAAACUCAAAAUCAUGGCUAACAUGAAAACUACUGCCGAUCACCUGGUGAGAGGAAUCAUGGAUCUGAGGAAAAAGAUCCAUAUCGUGCAGGAUAAGCUGGAACACGAAGUUGCUCGCAAGAAAGACAUGGAGAAAAAACUCGCCGAGCUGCGGAAGCAAAUCUGCCAGCAUAACAAGUGUAUGCAGCUGCAGAGCCACCGGGAACACGCCCACCAUCAUGCCCAUCAUCAUCAUCACCAUCAUCACGGGGGCGGCGGUGGCCAAUCGGGUACCACUUCGUUGCCCCCAAUUAAAAACUGCCCGGGGGUAAAAUAGCAGCGAGCAAACUCGGAGAGCGUGAAGGGACACGGCGUGGGAGCAGCAGCAGCACCAGCACGAAGCUCGAAUCGAGGCACCAACAACCAAAAGCAACAAUGUCCCCACGGGAAGUACGUGAAGCUGCCCCGACCACGAUCAAAUGUAGCACCGUAAAAUCAUGAAAAGUUCUUUUCAGCGGGGAAUGUGGCUGGAAUUUUUUUGAGGUUCUGGGCAUAGAGUUUUUGUUAGGUUCCUUGUUCCGCGAGGGAGGAUACAGUAAACAGUUACUUUUGCCACGUUAGCUGUUGUAAGUUGCAUUUAAUGCCAAAAGUCUAACGCAAAUAUUAGUGAUAAGUUGAUUUUGUUGAACGGAUGCUUGUGAUGAUUGAAUUGCGCGUUUGAGUAGUUACCGUUAGAAGAAAUUUUAUAUUAUUCAGCUGUUCGAUUAUUUUACAGUCGAAAUUAUUACUCUACUUCCUAUGCUAUCGUUACCACUAGUUCUAGAGCUCAUGUAAUCUGAUACAUUGUAGUGUACAUCAUUCACCACCAUUCACUUCCAAAAUUAAAUCGAAAUAA